CGUCUCUGCAGUGUCCAGGCCGAGUGUGGACGCGCCGUGCGCGGCCCCGCCAGGGCCGAGAGUUUGCAGACCGUCCCUGCCGCGGCCCGCUCGGCGGCGGCCCUGCGGCUCCCGCGGCUGCCGCGGCGGCCCCGGGCUCGAUCCAGCCCAGGUAGCCCCGCCGCAGGCUAGGGGUGCCGCGACCCCGUGCCCCGCGGAGCUUGGGUCCCCCCGGGGACGGCAGCUGGCAGGCACUCCCGGCUGCUGCUGCUGCUGCUCCUCAACAAGGAGGAGUGAUUACUGCUCUGUAGUAGACAUUGGAGGCGGAUCCAUCAGGCCAUGAUGGAAACGAGGAAAGGAAAUCAGCUGACGCAGGAGCCCGAGUGAGACGGAGUGAGACGGAGAAACCCACAAGCCCAGCCUACACCAUGAACUUGUGUCUCCUUUCCACACUGUAAGAGCCCGGGGCAGGUGAAGUUGCCAGAGAGCAAUGGCUCUCUUUACUCCGUGGAAGCUGUCCUCUCAGAAGCUGGGCUUUUUCCUCGUGACUUUUGGCUUUAUUUGGGGUAUGAUGCUCUUGCAUUUUACCAUCCAGCAGAGAACUCAGCCCGAGAGCAGCUCCAUGCUUCGGGAACAGAUCCUGGACCUCAGCAAGAGGUACAUCAAGGCGCUGGCAGAAGAAAACAGAAAUGUGGUGGAUGGGCCCUACGCGGGGGUCAUGACAGCUUACGAUUUGAAGAAGACUCUUGCUGUGUUGUUGGAUAACAUUUUGCAGCGCAUUGGCAAGUUAGAGUCAAAGGUGGACAACCUCGUAAUCAAUGGCACAGGGACGAACUUGACCAACUCCACCACAGCUGUUCCCAGCUUGGUAGCACUUGAGAAAAUUAAUGUGGCAGAUAUCAUUAAUGGAGCUCAAGAAAAAUGCGUAUUGCCUCCUAUGGAUGGCUACCCCCACUGCGAGGGGAAAAUUAAGUGGAUGAAAGAUAUGUGGCGCUCGGAUCCCUGCUACGCAGAAUACGGAGUGGAUGGGUCCACCUGCUCUUUUUUUAUUUACCUCAGUGAGGUUGAAAAUUGGUGUCCUCAUUUACCUUGGAGAGCAAAAAAUCCCUACGAAGAAGCUGAUCGUAAUUCAUUGGCAGAGAUUCGUACGGAUUUUAAUAUUCUCUACAGUAUGAUGAAAAAGCAUGAAGAAUUCCGAUGGAUGAGGCUACGGAUCCGGCGAAUGGCUGAUGCGUGGAUCCAGGCAAUCAGGUCCUUGGCAGAGAAGCAGAAUCUUGAAAAGAGAAAGCGGAAGAAAGUCCUUGUUCACCUGGGCCUCCUGACUAAGGAAUCUGGAUUUAAGAUUGCAGAGACAGCUUUCAGUGGUGGCCCUCUUGGUGAAUUAGUUCAGUGGAGUGAUUUAAUUACAUCUCUGUACUUACUGGGCCAUGACAUUAGGAUUUCAGCUUCACUGGCGGAGCUCAAGGAAAUAAUGAAGAAGGUUGUAGGAAACCGAUCUGGCUGCCCAACUGUAGGAGACAGAAUUGUUGAGCUCAUUUAUAUUGAUAUUGUAGGACUCGCUCAAUUCAAGAAAACUCUUGGACCAUCCUGGGUUCAUUACCAGUGCAUGCUGCGUGUCCUGGACUCUUUCGGCACUGAACCAGAGUUCAACCAUGCCAACUAUGCCCAGCUGAAAGGCCACAAGACCCCCUGGGGCAAGUGGAAUCUGAACCCGCAGCAGUUUUACACCAUGUUCCCUCACACCCCAGACAACAGCUUCCUGGGGUUCGUGGUCGAGCAGCACCUGAACUCCAGCGAUAUCCACCACAUUAACGAAAUCAAGAGGCAGAACCAGUCCCUUGUGUACGGCAAAGUGGAUAGCUUCUGGAAGAAUAAGAAGCUCUACUUGGACAUCAUUCACACAUACAUGGAAGUGCAUGCGACUGUUUACGGCUCCAGCACAAAGAACAUUCCCAGUUACGUGAAAAACCACGGGAUCCUCAGUGGACGGGACUUGCAGUUUCUUCUCCGAGAAACCAAGCUGUUUGUUGGACUUGGGUUCCCUUAUGAAGGCCCGGCUCCCUUGGAGGCCAUCGCAAAUGGAUGUGCUUUCCUGAAUCCCAAGUUCAACCCACCCAAAAGCAGCAAAAACACAGACUUUUUCAUUGGCAAGCCAACUCUGAGAGAGCUGACCUCCCAGCAUCCUUAUGCCGAAGUUUUCAUCGGCCAGCCACACGUCUGGACUGUUGACCUCGAUAAUCAGGAGGGGGUGGAGGACGCCGUGAAAGCAAUUUUAAGUCAGAAGAUUGAGCCGUACAUGCCGUAUGAAUUCACGUGCGAGGGGAUGCUACAGAGAAUCAACGCUUUCAUCGAGAAACAGGACUUCUGCCAUGGGCAAGUGAUGUGGCCGCCCCUGAGUGCCCUGCAGGUAAAGCUUGCUGAGCCCGGGCAGUCCUGCAAGCAGGUGUGUCAGGAGAAACAGCUCAUCUGUGAGCCUUCCUUCUUCCAGCAUCUCAACAAGGACAAGGACUUGCUGAAGUACGAGGUGACCUGCCAAAGCUCAGAGAUGGCCAAGGACAUCGUGGUGCCCUCCUUCGACCCCAAGAACAAGCACUGUGUGUUUCAAGGUGACCUCCUGCUGUUCAGCUGUGCUGGCGCCCACCCCAGGCACCGGAGGAUCUGCCCCUGCCGGGACUUCAUCAAGGGCCAGGUGGCUCUCUGUAAAGACUGUCUCUAGCAGCCACCGGCUCGUCCCCGCACGCACUCUCCUGGGGAAGACGGUGGGCAGAAAUCAUUCGGGGACUUUCGCCAGAGCCUGAACUCUUUUGGCGGGAGGUCUCGAUUUGGUAUUGCUCCCGCUGCGGUCGGAGGAUCACAGCGGAGUUCUCACCAAAACAAAAGGAGAGUCGACAUCAGGCCGGGGAGCCUGGCUUCUCCCUGGCACAAAUUCAUUUUUAAUCUUGGAGGAGCUACUGUAGGGAGACUGUCUAUGCAGCUGCUCCAGGGUAGAAAGAGAAUCUCAAGAUUCAUUUAAAUGAAACAAAACCAGAGGAGGAAUUGCGCUAGUUGGAAAGGACUUCGUAUGGGAACAUUC